UCUUUAGCCGCGAGCGGGGCUUUUGCCUUUCCACAGCACCCAAGCUUUCCUGUCUCUACUCUACUCUGGUCUCGCGUGCGCGGCAAAGUUCGCAUCUUUCGAGCGGAAUUCCUGGUUUCCACAAAGAUCAGUAUUAGGAAUUGCGAAUCCGCGUUCACCUGAUGUUAAACGUUCUUUUGCCCCUAUGUUUCUCAUGAAAGCUUAGAUAUUUGUGAUCUUUCUCUAGUUUUUAAGGCUCGACUCCAUGCGAUUGAUGAUUUAUAGGCGCCUCUGACGCCAAUUCUGCUGCUUCGAGGAAUUCACCCGGCAAUUCUCAAGUUUCUUGGCGUUCCGAGUCAAAAGAUUUCAGGAAAGUUUCUGUUCCAUUUAUCCUACGCUCGUCAAUUUGUCAAUUCCUGCUAAAAGUUCGAAACUUUGGCAUCUCUCUGCAACUUGGAUCAAAAUCUAAGGUAGUCUUGCCGCAUUCGUACAAUUCGAAGUAAUCCAGUAGAGGAAUUCUUCUUGGACAAAAUGAUGCAUUCCAAGUCUGAAUCAGACGUUACCAGCUUAGCCCCAUCGUCGCCGCCUCGGUCUCCAAAGAGACCGACUUAUUACGUGCAGAGCCCGUCCCGAGACUCUCACGAUGGUGACAAGUCGUCGUCCAUGCAUGCUACCCCUGUUUACAAUAGCCCCAUGGAGUCCCCCUCACACCCUUCCUUCGGGCGCCACUCGCGGACCUCGUCGGCGAGCCGGUUCUCCGGGCCCUUCCGGUCCUCGUCGGGCCGGAAGGGACACAGGAAGAGGGUGAACGAUAUGGGGUGGCCUGAGUGCAAUGUCAUACAGGAAGAAGGGUCUUACGAUGAUCUCGACGAGGACAAGGGGCUGUCGCGCCGUUGCCAGAUCAUUCUCGCGCUCCUCGGCUUAAUCCUGCUGUUCACAGUCUUUUCUCUUAUCAUAUGGGGCGCCGCACGGCCGUACAAGCCGGAUGCCAUUGUGAAGAGUUUGUCGAUGGAUGAUUUUUACGCCGGAGAGGGUACCGACAGCACCGGUGUCCCAACCAAGAUGGUCACAGUGAACUGUUCAUUGACGAUAAGUGUUUACAAUACGGCUGCAAUGUUUGGCAUUCAUGUCACUUCAAGCCCGAUCAAUCUCAUGUUUUCAGAAAUCACAAUCGCUACCGGGGAGCUGCAGAAAUAUUACCAACCUAGGAAGAGCCAUAGGACAGUGUCAGUUGUCUUGCAUGGAGAAAGGGUGCCAUUGUAUGGUGCCGGUGCAGGCUUGGCUCUCUCCAGCACUGGUGGAGAGGUCCCUUUAACCCUGGAUUUUGAUAUCAUUUCACGGGGAUAUGUGAUUGGAAAGCUGGUGAGGGUGAAGCACCGAAAGCACAUCACCUGUCUUCUUGUGGCCGAUUCCAGUAAAAACAAACCGAUAAAGUUCGCCCAGCGUUCAUGCACCUCUAUACAUGAGUAAUGUUCAUGAUGGCACAGGAACUUGCAGAAACCUCUACACUCACUGUCAUGGAAACAAGAGGAAGAAAGAGUGUUUCAUCCAUCUCAAUUGUGGUUCUAUCGAUCCGUUGAUCAUAUUUGUUAGUCCAAGAAAAUACUAUUCGUCGUCAACACCUUGUUUAUGUCUGGUUGUAAUGUUCAUUUCAAAGUUCACAGUACAUUUCUUUUAGUUGGUCACCACCAUCAAGGAGAAUGGUACCAGCAUUUUGGUGCACUGUGUUGAUCCAUCAUGUAUUCUAUUUUACAGUAUCACACACAAUGCCUAAUCCUUUAAUGGUAUUCAUGCUUA